CAAGUUACUCACUGGAGCUGACAAGUCACUUCGGUGAUGAGGAGGUCACCCAAAUGUCUGGAAAACUUGGCCCUGACGGAUUUGUCAUCCUAUGGAUGAUUCAAUUAGGCUAAUAAACCACACCAUGGAUAACUUAUUGGACUUUGCCUGAAAGGAAUCAUUAGUGUCAUUGGAUAUUUGACCAACCUGGCUACAGGUUUUGUCAGAAUGAAUGGAAGGUCAUGCAGCAUGAAUCUCCACCGGACAUCAGGAACCCCACAGGGGCCUGGGAUGGUCAGUGGCCAACAUAUUCCUCCCAUUCGAGCCCACUCGGGGACUCCUGGCCCCUCGUCCUGUGGCAGCACACCAAGCCCUGCCAUUGGAAGCCUUGCUAACAGCCUCCAUCUCAAGAUGCACUCAGGAGGAGGGAUGGCUCCUCAGAGCAACAUGAAUGAGAGCCCCAUCCAUCUGCCUGCCUUGAGCCCCAGGAGACAAGUGCUCACCAGUGGGAAGCCACGUUUCCAGGUCACCCAGACUGGAGGCAUGUCAGGGCCACACACUUUAAAGCCAAAGCAACAGGAGUUUGGAAGCCCCUUUCCUCCAAAAUCUGGGAAAGGGGCUCUUGGCUUUGGGCCUCAGUGCAAGUCCAUUGGAAAAGGCAGCUGCAACAAUCUAGUGGUCACCAGCAGUCCCAUGAUGGUUCAGCGACUGGGACCCAUUUCACCACCAGCAAGCCAGGUCUCUACAGCAUGCAACCAGAUCAGUCCUAGCUUACAGAGGGCAAUGAAUGCAGCCAACCUGAAUAUACCUCCUUCAGAUACCAGGUCCCUUAUUUCGCGUGAGUCUUUGGCAUCCUCAACUUUGAGUCUGACAGAAAGUCAGUCAGCCUUGAGCGUGAAACAAGAGUGGUCUCACGGCUACAGGCCUCUCCCUUCGCUCUCCUCCAGCCACAGCCCUCAGAAUGGCACUGAUCUAGGGGACCUCCUCAGCCUUCCUCCUGGGACAGCCAUGCCCAGCAACAGUGUCUCUAACUCAUUGCCAUCCUACCUGUUCGGGAUGGAAAAUAGCCACGCUCCUUACCCUAGUUCCCGGCACUCUUCGGCCAGGUCCCACUCGGCCCGCUCCAAGAAGAGAGCACUGUCCUUGUCCCCGUUGUCCGAUGGCAUUGGGAUAGACUUCAAUACCAUCAUCCGCACCUCGCCCACGUCCUUGGUCGCCUACAUCAACGGGUCGAGGUCUUCCCCGGCCAACAUGUCCCCACAGCCAGAGGUCUAUGGGCAUUUCCUGGGGGUGCGCGGCAGCUGUAUUCCCCAGCCAGGCUCGGUGCCAAGCAGCCAGAAGGGCGUGCGGGUGGCCAGUGGCGGCCUGGCUCUUCCAGGCUACAACGAGGACAGCGUGCUGGAGUAUGAGCGCAUGCAGCAACUGGAGCACGGCGGCCUGCAGCCCGGCCUGGUCAACAACAUGGUGGUGCAGCACAGCCUGCUGGACUCUGACGGCCAGCCGGCGGGCCUGCUAAAGACGGAGCGCCUGGAUGACUUCCCGGGCGGCGCUCUGGACUUGCCCCCGGCACCCCCACUGCCUCCUCUGCCACCUCCGCCCCAAGGCCCCCCGCCCCCCUACCACGCCCACCCGCACCUGCAUCACCCAGAGCUCGUCCACCACACCCAACCGCUGGCCCUGCCUCAGGCUGCCCUGGAGGAGGAUGGGGAGAUGGAAGACGUUGGGGGCAAGCACUGCUGUCGCUGGAUUGACUGCAGCGUCUUGUAUGACCAGCAGGAGGAACUUGUGCGGCACAUCGAGAAGGUUCACAUAGAUCAGCGCAAAGGGGAAGACUUCACUUGUUUCUGGGCCGGUUGUCCUCGAAGGUACAAGCCAUUCAAUGCCCGCUAUAAACUGCUGAUUCACAUGAGAGUCCACUCGGGGGAGAAGCCCAACAAGUGUUCG